AUGAGAUUUGCAACUACCCAACUUGCCACACUCGCUUGCUUUAUUUUGACAGCUGAGGCUACCUUCCCAUUAAGAGGUUUGUUCAAUGAUGCUCCAGUUGAUGUUGAUUUAGGUGUCUAUCACGAAGAAUCUGGUAAUAAUAAAGAACAAAAAGUUGAUGGGUUCAACAUGAGUCCAAACAUUAAGAAGAGAACUAAUGAAAAUAAUGCUGCUAAUGUUGUAUCAACUAAUGGUGGGUUAUUCAUUACCUCUACCAAAGAAUUAAAAACUACAGUGGUAGUUACUUCUUGCUUCAACAAUGUAUGUAGUGAAACUUCAAUUACUACACCAAAAACUGCAGUUACAGCCACUACCUCGAAGCAUUCAACUUCCAAGCCAACCUACACUACCACUUCCAAACACUCAACUUCGCACUCGUCUACUCCAGCUAGUACUUCCAAGCACUCCACUUCUACAUCUACUCAUCCUGCUACCUCAGAACAUUCAACUUCUAAGUCCACCCAUGCCACUAGUUCAAAACACUCAACUUCAAAAUCAUCUGUUUCAGUUACUACUUCCAAACAUUCAACUCAUGAUACUACCUCAAAGUCUUUUGUUACACCCCCAGCAUCUUCAACUACUAGUGAACACACCAAGCACAAGUCUCACAAGCCAUCAAAAACUGUUGUUACUUUGACUUCAUGCUCAAACAAUGCAUGUAGCCAAUCUGAAAUCACAACUGGUGCUAUUGUUGUCACUGAUAAAGAAACGGUUUAUACUACUUACUGUCCUCUUACCGAUACAGAAACAGAAACAGAAAGUACUACCGCUACCACUUCAAAACACUCAACUCACACCACUACUUCAAAGCACUCCAGUGUUGAGUCUACGUCUGUCACUAGUUCUUCUAAACAUUCAGUUUCUAAGUCUACCGAUGUUACCACUUCCAAACACUCAUCUUCUGAAUCAAGUCAUGCUACCACCAUGAAACAUUCUACUUCCAAGCAUUCAACUCAUGCCACGACCUCAAAACAUUCCACUACCGAGUCAACUUCAGGCAUUACUUCUAAGCACUCAACACAUGCUACUUCAUCAAAAUAUUCUACUGUUGAGUCAUCGUCAAGUUUUGCUUCAACUUCGGAGUCAUCAGUUCCAGUUAGUAGUCUGAAAUCAACUACCUUUGAAUCUUCAAUCUCAACCACUACUUCAAAACAUUUAACUUUGAAGUCAUCGACACCAGCCAGUACUUUAGAGUAUUCUACUUCCAUACCUCCAGCUCCAGCUACCACUUCGAAUUCUUUAUCUACUAAAUCCACCACUUUGACUACUAUUUCUAGGUCAUCUACUUCUGGAUCAUCUGUACCAAACACUACUAGAGAAUCAUCAACAUCAACUACCACACCAAACUCAUCAUCUUCUGAAUCUAAAGUUUCAAGUGCUAUCCCAAAAUACUCAUCUUCUGAAGUCUCCAGUUCAGCUACUACUUUGAAGUCAUAUUCGACCACACAUUCCAUUCCAACCACUUUGGUAUAUUCUUCUUCUACUUCUUUAGGGUUUUCAGUUACUGAAUUUCGUAAUUUAACUACUACUUCAAAAUCAUCUUUGUCAACUAGUACCACUGAGUUAUUAACAUCAGGAACUACUGUGAGAUCAUCAACUUCAGAAUCAUCUGUUACAAGUGCCACCUCAAUUUAUACUUCAUCAGAAUCAACAACUUCAUCAGAAUCAACGACUUCAAUUGAAACACCAAAAUCAAUUGCUUCUAAAUCAUCAAGUUCAGUUACUUUGCCAAAAUCGUCAACGUUUGCAUGGUCUACAUCAACAACAACUCCAGAAUCAUCUCCGAUCACUUUGAAACUUUCAACUAGCAAACCACCAAAACCAAGUGCUACAAUGGAGUCAUCUGCUAGUACCACAAAGAAUUCAUCUAUUCAAUCAACAUCAGAAGCUACUACUUCGGGAUCAUCUGGAGUUGAGUCUUCAGUUUUAACAGCUACAACAAAAUCAUCAGUACCAGUUACAACUUCAGAGUGGUCUUCUGUUGUUACCACACCAAAAUCAUCAGCUCCAAAUACUACCUUAGAGCACUCAACUUCAGCAAGUGAAACAUCAUCUGGUUCAGUAUACACAACUUUUGACCAAUCUACAACUGUUAUAACUGUCACUUCAUGUUCAGACAAUUUAUGCAGUAAAACCGAAGUAACUACCGGUGUAACUGUCAUUACUUCUGAUACAACAAGCUACACUACAUACUGUCCACUUACUGGAACCACUACAGUAUCUUCUGCGUUAGAGUCAUUGGUCACUGCUAACAAAUCAACUUCCUACGUUGGAGCUACCCCAAUUGUUUCAAGUGUUGUUUCUACAACUCCAAUUAUUUCAAGUGCUUCUACCACUCCAAUUAUUUCAAGUGCUUCUACCACCUCAGUUAUUUCAAGUGCUUCUACCACCUCAGUUAUUUCAAAUGCUAUAUCUAAUCCAGUUAGUACAGAUGUUAAGCCUACAACAAGUAGUCAAGGUACUAAGUCCACCCCAGUUGAUACAGACUCUAAAUCUACUUCAGAAACCACCGUCAUGGUUUACACCACUAAAAGUGUUACUCCAACUACAGUUGAAUCAAUUUCUGUUGCUGUAUCAUCUGCUGCUCAAUCAAGUAUUGCUGCUAUUUCAUCAUAUGAAGGUACCGGUAACAACAUGAAAUUGUCAUUUGGUGUUGUAAUUGCUGGUGUCGCUGCCUUUGCAAUUUAA